CCGGAGAGCCUCGUUGCUGGUCUGGAGGUGAAGGUUGCAGCCUCCUCCUCCGCCCUUCCUAGAGCCAGAGGUCACCUCUCCCCUACCGGAGGCACGGUGUGGUUGUGUGGUGGCUGUGUGGUGCAGGGCGGCGGGUGCCCCACCACCACCUCCCCCACCAUGAUACUUGACAACAGACAAGUCCCCGACAUCAUCGUCAGCAGGGAGGGGCUGACACACAACAAUAACAACAAUAAUAGCAGCAAGCAGGGCAAUGGUAAUGGUAGCCCGCUCCAUGUUGGCGGCAGAAAUGGUAAUGGUAGCCCUCUCCACGUUGGUGGAAGAAAUAGUAAUGGUAGCCCUCUUCACAUCGGCGGCAGGAAUGGAAAUGGCAGCCCUCUCCACGUUGGUGGAAGAAAUGGUAAUGGAAGUCCUAGGCACGUAAACUAUGCCAAUGGGAGUCCCAGACAUGUAAACUAUGCCAAUGGGAGUCCCAGACAUGUGAUCUCUGGCAGCUGUAGUCCCAGACACACAAGUUAUGGAAAUGGUAACCCCUGGCAAGUGAAUUAUGGCAACGCCAGUCCCAGGCACAACAUAUACGCCAGUGGCACUCCAAGACCUCCAAGGACUGAAAGUGGCAGCCCUCGCCACGGUAGGAAUGGCAAUGAUGGACAGGAGAGUCCAAGCCACAUGCCACCCCCCGGCUUCAACAACAACGGCAGCCCGAGGCACAGAAACGGUGUUGGCAAUGGUAUUCCCGUUAGCCCUCGCCAUAACCCAGGGCAAGACGGCAAUGGCAACGGCAGCCCCAGGCACCUAGCCAACAACAACUGCGACAGUCCCCGGCAUGUCUUGAGGAACAGCUGUAAUGGGAGUCCCCGCCACACCUUGGGGACACUGGGAGCCAGUACAAGGUUCAUACAGCGGGUGUACAGCUUCGACUAUGGCCACGGUAGCCCCAAGCACACGAGGAGCGAAGACGAGUCUGCUUCACACCUCCAACACGAUCAUAACCACCAGCAGCAGGCGGCCGAGCAAGAUAAAAACUCCAGAGUAAGCAAAAUACCAGUUCACGUUCAAGAGAGAAAUCGGGAGAGAACGAGUUCCUUAGACAGAAACACGGAGCAAAGGAGCGAGAGUCCCCGGAAAGGACACUCGAGUAGGGGCCGAGGACAAGUCACGUCUACACCAGUUCGCAAAAACUCUGAACCGGACGUUAAAACUGGGGAUUUCAAGUCAGUCAUCAAAGAAUACGCCCAGCUGAGCCCCAAGCGUGUCAACCUUAGGAAUAAAAACCAAGGGUUUAAAUAUGGGUUGUGCAGGAUAGAAGUCAAAGACAAGCCAGUCAAUAAUUGGCAACCGUGGAAGAGACUGGGGGAAAACGGCAAGUGGCAUUCACUUGAAAAUGAUAAAUGGUACACCAUCGAAAAUGGGAAGCUGAACACCCAUUCCACAAAAUGGAACAGGCAGAACAGGAAUUGGUCAACGGACCAAGAGUCUUGGAGUUGUGAAAAGAGCGUGUGGAACAUAGAAUGUGACAAGAGUGAAGAGGAGAACGACCAAGUGUUCUUGAGCGACGAUAACAAAGAGCAGAUCAAGAAGCCUAGCCGUUACGUCAGAAGGGAAUCCUGGCCGGCGAUGACUGCCGAUCACACAGAAGAUCCCACAGAAGGGGAACGAGGAGCGAGUCCACAGAGCAGGGACCGUGGCACCAGCCCCAGGAAUGACUCGAGCAGUUCCAUCUCCAAGACCAGUAGUCGCGAGAGUAUUUCUGACAUGAAGAAUCGCGGAGCAAGUCCUGCUAAUGGAGUAAGGGAUCUGUGUUCUAGAAACGGGAAUCGAUCGUGUAGCCCAAGAAACCGCGCAGUCAGCCCCUGGAACCACGUGUUUAGUCCCAGAAAAGGGUCUAUAGGAACGAGUUCGUCUUCAAGUAGUGAUGUCACCAGAAGAUCGGAAACUGAGACAGAGACCGAAUGGGACUCGGGUGUGGAUUCCGUGACUUCCAAGAUGGUGCUUAUUAGGUGUAAGGAAGCUAAUUACCUGACUCGGAUCUACCUCGAUAAAGAAGGUGAGUGUUAGGUCGGCCAGGAGGAGCGGGAACUGUUGUGCACGGUGACGUCUCUCUCGCUAGUUGUGCACGUGAGUGUGUCUUUGU